AUGAUCUCGAUGAAGAAGAAGAUAACUUGUUCAAUCAUAUGUUUUCUUCUGUUGCUUCUUCUCCCAAUAGAUGGAACAAGUGCAAAAGCUCCAACAGUGCAAGAAACAAGAAACAAACAUGGCACUAGAGAGGUGAUAGUGGACAAUGGGAUUAUCAAAGUCAGAUUCUCGAGUCCUCAAGGACUUAUCACUGGCAUACAAUACAAAGGAGUUGAUAAUGUUCUAAGUCCACAUCAACGAACUCGAGGGUAUUGGGACAUAGCAUGGCAAGGAGAAAACAACCGCGGUGGCGGCAUAGAUCAUGUCGAAGGAACUAAGUUCAAAAUCAUAACUCAAAACCAAGACCAAGUUGAGAUUUCGUUCUCUAGAACAUGGGAUAGUGGUUCUCAUUCUCGUUCUCGUUCUCAUCGUAUUCCAUUAAACGUAGACAAGAGAUAUAUUAUACGUGCAAAUUCAUCAGGAGUCUACGCAUAUGCGAUCUUCGAGAGACUUCCUGAAUGGCCAGGUUUUGAUAUGGGACAAGUUCGUAUAGUAUUCAAACUCGACCAAGAUAAGUUUCAUUACAUGGCGGUCGCGGAUAAUAUACAAAGAGAGAUGCCAAUGGACUCUGACCGAGAUAUCCAUCGUGGUCAUGCUAAGGCUCUUGGUUAUAAAGAAGCUGUACAACUAACUCAUCCUCAUAACUCCAUGUUCAAAAACCAAGUUGAUGAUAAGUACCAAUACUCAUGUGAGAUCAAAGACAACAAGGUGCAUGGUUGGAUCUCAAAUAAAUCAAACGUUGGCUUUUGGAUUAUCUCACCUAGUGGCGAGUACCGUUCUGGUGGACCGGUUAAACAAGAGCUCACAUCUCACGUCGGUCCAACGGCCACCGCGAGCUUUAUAAGUGGACAUUAUCUUGGUACGGACAUGGAUAUGCAUUACAAAAGUGGUGAAGCGUGGAAGAAAGUCUUAGGACCUGUCUUUAUUUACUUAAACUCUGGUGAUGAUUUGUUAUGGGAAGAUGCUAAAAGACAAGCUAAAGAAGAAGUUAAAGCCUGGCCAUACGAGUUUGUAGCAUCUUCUGACUUCCCUUCUCGUCGAGAAAGAGGAACCGUCACUGGUCGUCUUCUUGUCAACGACGACGAACUCUUGACGCCGGGGAAAUUUGCUUAUGUUGGUUUAGCACCACCGGGAGAAGCUGGUUCGUGGCAGACAAAUACUAAAGGUUAUCAGUUUUGGACAAAGACUAACGAAACAGGUUAUUUCAAGAUACCUAACGUUAGACCAGGAACUUACAAUCUCUAUGGAUGGGUUCCUGGUUUUAUCGGAGACUUCACGUACCAAAACCAUGUUAACGUAGCUUCAGGUUCAGAGGUUAAACUCGGUAGAGUCAUGUACAAGCCACCUAGGAACGGUCCAACGUUAUGGGAGAUUGGUGUACCAGACCGAACCGCAAGAGAAUACUUUAUCCCGGAGCCAUACAAGAACACAAUAAACCCUUUAUAUCUAAACCACACAGACAAGUUUAGGCAAUACGGAUUAUGGCAACGAUACACAGAGUUAUACCCUAACCAUGACCUCGUCUACACAAUAGGAGCAAGUAACUAUAGCCAAGACUGGUUCUACGCACAAGUCACAAGAAACAAUGGUGACUCGACGUACAACCCAACGACAUGGCAGAUCGUGUUUCAUCUUCCUUACGUGAACAUGCGAGGUAGCUACACGUUGCAGCUAGCUUUAGCCUCGGCUGCACGGGCUCAUCUACAAGUACGGGUCAAUAACGAAUACAGUACUAGGCCAUUAUUCUCAACGGGUUAUAUUGGAAGAGAUAAUGCUAUAGCAAGACAUGGGAUCCAUGGAAUCUAUAGGCUUUAUUGUAUCAAUGUUCCGGGAAGGUCGCUACGGACAGGGACCAAUACGAUUUAUCUCCGACAAGCUAAAGGAUCAGGACCAUUUGAAGGAGUUAUGUAUGAUUACAUUCGUCUCGAAGAGCCUUCUAGAGUUUAG